GCAAGGUUCCGGUUCAGGCACAACGUGGGUGCCUGUGAUCCUGGGUCGGUAUCAGAGUGCUGGGUGAUGUGGGUCCGGUAGGGGCCGGAUUCUACCAACAUGCAGAUCUCUAAUGUGAAUGAUGUGAAAAUCUAUAAUCUGAGCUGUGGGAAGUCCCUGCCAGAGUGGCUUUCAGAUCGCAAAAAAAGAGCCUUACAGAAGAAAGAUGUGGAUGUCCGGAGAAGGAUAGAACUUAUUCAGGAUUUUGAAAUGCCUGCUGUCAGUACCAACAUUAAAGUCUCGAGAGAUGGGCAAUAUGUUAUGGCCACAGGAACCUACAAGCCUAGAGUCCGUUGUUAUGACACUUACCAGCUUUCUUUGAAGUUUGAACGAUGUUUGGACUCAGAUGUGGUUAAAUUUGACAUUCUUUCCGAGGAUUACUCAAAGGUGGUCUUCCUUCAGUGUGAUCGAUACGUUGAACUUCACUCCCAGCAUGGUCGUUAUUUCAGACUCCGGAUACCCAAAUUUGGCAGGGAUUUUGCUUACCAUUACCCGUCCUGUGACCUUUUCUUUGUAGGGGCAAGUUCUGAGAUUUACCGGUUGAAUUUAGAGCAAGGACGUUACUUGAACUCUCUUCAAACAGAAGCCUCACAAAUUAAUGCUUGUGAUAUCAAUCCAGCACAUCAUUUACUGGCUGUGGGCACAGCAGAGGGUAAAGUUGAAUGCUGGGAUCCAAGGACAAGAAAUAGCGUAGGCGUUCUGGACUGUGCUUUGAGUAGUGUAACGGAAGAUACCGAAAUAGAAGGUUUACCAGCAGUAUCAGCCUUGAAGUUUAGUGGACCGUUGCAUAUGGCCGUUGGCACAUCAACUGGACAGGUUCUGAUUUAUGAUCUCCGCUCCAGUCGUCCAAUGAUUGUAAAGGAUCACCAGUAUGGAUUACCUAUUAAAUCUAUACAGUUUCACGAUCCUUUAGAACUAGUUAUAUCUGCCGACUCGAGGAUUAUCAAGAUGUGGAACAAGAAUACCGGCAAAAUAUUUACUUCAAUUGAACCAGAGGCAGAUGUAAAUGAUGUGUGUAUUUAUCCUGACUCAGGAAUGUUAUUUACUGCAAACGAGGCUCCUAAAAUGAAUGUAUAUUAUAUCCCGGCUUUGGGACCUGCCCCCAAGUGGUGUUCAUUCUUGGACAACUUAACUGAAGAACUGGAAGAGAAUCCAGAAAGCACAGUAUAUGAUGAUUAUAAGUUUGUUACCAGAAAUGAACUCGAAGAUCUUGGACUCGGUCACCUGAUUGGUUCCCAGUUGCUCAGGGCGUACAUGCAUGGCUAUUUCAUUGAUAUACGCUUAUACCACAAGGUGAAAGCUAUGGUCAAUCCAUUUGCUUAUGAGGAAUAUAAACGGGAGAAGAUAAGGCAGAAAAUUGAAGAAACUCGAGCCCAGAGAGUCCAGAUUAAGAAACUGCCUAAGGUGAACAAGGAGCUGGCACUCAAACUGUAUGAGGAAGAGGAUGAAACACAAGCUCUGCAGAAGAAGAAGAAACAGAAAAAAAUGCCCAACAUCCUCAGCGAUGACCGGUUUAAAUCCAUGUUUGAGAACCCUGACUUCCAAGUGGAUGAGCAGAGUGAGGAGUACCGGCUGCUGAACCCACUGGUUUCUAAAAUCAGUGAGAAACGGAAGAAGAAACUAAAAGUAAUGGAGUCCCUGCAAUCCGAGGACCAGGAGGAAGAGGAAGAACAAGAAGGAAGGCCAAGUGAUGCAGAGAGUUCAGAAUCUUCCGACGAUGAAAAGGGAUGGGUCGAGGAGGUCAGGAAACAGCGCAAGCUUCUACGCCAAGAGGAAAAAGACAGGAGGCAGGAAAAGGUGAAGGAGGACUGGCAAACAGCCCUGAAGCCUCAGUUUUAUGAGAUAAAAGCCGGGGAGGAGUUCCGCAGUUUCCAGGACACAGCCAAGAAACAGAAGCUAAUGAGGAAAACACUUGAAGACCGCCUCAAGGUAGAGGAGAAACUUGGUACGCUGAACGUCUCAGACACCGCAGUGGGUAGCAAACAGCUAACAUUCACUUUGAAGAAGUCCGAACAACAGAAAAAGAGACAGGAAGCUGAGAAACAGCACAAGGAAGAGCGGAAAAAGCUCCGCCGCUCUGCAGGACACCUCCGGAGCAAGCCUGCCAAAGGACGGCCAUUUUAUUGAUUGUCCUAUAUGUACUACCAAUGGACGGCCAUUUUAUUGAUUGUCCUAUAUGUACUACCAAUGGACGGCCAUUUUAUUGAUUGUCCUAUAUGUACUACCAAUGGGCGGCCAUUUUGGACGGCCAUUUUAUUGAUUGUCCUAUAUGUACUACCAAUGGACUGCCAUAUAAAAAACAUUAGUUUUGUACAUUCUGCAGAGCAUAAAAUCUAUGAGCUAAAAGGGUUCUGUAUAUAACAUUAAAAUGGAGAAUUUUA